CACUACUUCAAUGCACCACCCACAAGACAAACACAAUUUCCGUGUACACUCAUAUAUCCUUGUAUCCGGCAAUGAGUUCCGGCGCUGGCUUGUUCAUUGCAAGCUGUCGUCGCUUUGGCGAAUAUCCUCUUGCCAUUCUUGGCGACAAUGAAGAAGAGAAAUGGCGAGCUGAGCUACACAAGCAAUGGUUUGAUGAUGAGGAGGAAAGACCCUUCAUGGACAUGUUCAAUGUCAAUAAAACUGAGCUGCGCGGUUUUGACUUUUCCGAAGCAUUGCCAGAGGGCCACGCGAGGUACCACUACAUCACCGAGGAUGAUCUCAGGAGUCAUCUGGGGAUGGGUGCUUCAGGCUCGGAUGACUGGGCAAUAAAGCAGGACCCAAAAUGUCGCGUUUUUCUGUUCGAAAGCCUGAAUCCAUGGACUUUCUUGUUGAGGGUUAAGGCAGGCAUGGCCAAACUACUCUUUACUUACCACCAGGUUCACUCAUACUACCUGUAUUUCAUGGGUUUUCAUGUACAGUACGGCAUGGCCAUGAGUUUGCACGACAACUAUGGCUCGUUCCAUGGUGAUGACUCUUUGGAGGAACGUUCCCUCGCUAUACCUGAACUUGGACGCAGCGGACAUCGAAUUCGCCUCUCGUACGCCCUUCGCACAGCCAUGUGGCAAAGGCCAACCCAUAUGGAAAUGCAGCGAAGAAACGAAAACCUUACUGUCGAUGAAAUACAUAAAAAGGAGGAUCAUGAGUGGUGCAAGCCCGAGGCUAUCGUUCAUCAUCAAUUCGACCUCAUCACUGGGAACUCCUUGUGGAUCAUUACUACAGCUCGUUUGGACACCGAGGGCUCUAAAAAAUCGCCAAUUUGGGAGAGAUUUCUCAGUCCGCUCUUCAAUGAGAAGAAUAAGUCUCAGGCUUUCGAAACACCUCAAUCUGCGCUGCAGGCAAACUUUGACGUUCAUCUCAGAUUGGCCCACUGGUCGAUCGGAGAGUGGUCAGAAUUCAUUCAGCAUAUGGAGAGUAGUCUAAGCCUGGUGACAUGGGAUAUGUCGGACAAUCCUGUCGAGAUUUAUGAUAACCGUAAUAUGAGACGGCUGGGCAGACUCAGCGAAAAGAUCGAUCUGUGCAUUCUCGACAUACAAAGCAACAAGAAGGUUCUAGUCCAUCUACAAACCUUCUACAAAUCUCGCUUGGGAGAUCUGGAUACAUUACAUGGCUACCAGUGGUGUCACUGGGAGGAACACAGCUUUCAGACUGUACGCGCUUUUUCAGCCCGACUGGAUAAUGUCAUGUCUGAGCUCGAAAACGUUCGUGAUCGACUCGAAGCGCUCAAGCGCAUGCUAGCCAUAAGAGAGGCCACAAUUUCGACACUCCUUCAGAUGCAGAAUAACACGGAAGUCAUCAUUCUAUCCAAGCAGGGACAACGGGAAGCCAUUAUUAUGGGCAUGUUUCAGUACAUUGCGCUCAUCUAUCUUCCAAUCUCGGUGGUCUCGUCAGUCUUCAGCACCGACAUUGUCAAAUUUCAAGAUUUGGAGCCUGGCCAGCUGCUAUCAUAUUCGCAAGAAGCACUAGUCUUCUGGCUCGCCACAUCCCUUGGACUUACAGUCCUCACGAUUGGCAUCUCGGAGGUUGUUAAGCGUUGGAGAACCGCCAAGCAUGACCGAUAUGUCGAAGAACUCGCACGUGCGGACGAUGUGAAACCGUUGACCGUUGAAGAUUUUCUCGACGACGAAGAAAGUAUCAGAGACACAAGAGUGUUCUCGGUCAAGGGUCUUCGCGAUCGAGGUCGCAGAAUGGCGGCGUGGUUGUCCUCGCGGAACAAGGCUUCCACAACAGACGUUAGUGCCACCCAAAUGCCAGCCUCGCACCAGCCCUCUCGCAAAAAGCGUCGCACGAAGAUUCUGCGGCCUUUCAAGAGGAUUUCUCGCCGUUCUUCGACUGCCUCAUGGGCAGGUGGUGUUCAAGCAGUGGCUGCCACUAAUCCUGGAGGCGAAGUGUUGCCGAUGUCAACCUUGGAUCCGCCCAAGACACCACAGGUGCUGGACGUGUCGCAAGACAACACUAAGAAUGAUGCACCAUCAAAUGGCGCCGUUUGA